AUGUCUCGUUCACAUUCACCUAAUCAAAUCCAAGAGUCGAAUGAAAUAGUGGUUCCAGUAUUAAAGCCUCCUGAUGUGAGACCUAAAUUGCCAGCAUCAGAUUUGUUAUCUCAAUCUCGAGUCAGAGUGGACAAUCAUGUAUUGAAUGUUAGAAGACCUGUUUCUACUGUUAAUAUGAGAGAUGCCGUGAAUGUGAAUAUUUCUGAUCAGUAUGAAUCAUUGAACCGACCUCCGUACACAGAAGCACAUAUCCCGCAACAAAGAAGCACGCAUGAUCAAUCGUCACCGAAUGUGGAAAGUUUAUUGGGCAAUAUGGCAUCUAUGUUGCAAGACGGAAUUGAUAGACCUCGACCUGAAUUAUUGCAUUUUAGUGGAAUAGAGACUGAAUAUGUCCGGUUUAUCACUAACUUCAACUUAAAUAUUGAUAGAAGAGUACAUGAUACAAGUACAAAGUUGUCAUAUUUGGUACAAUACUGCGAAGGUGAUGCGAGGGAACUGAUUAUGCACUGUACAAUGUUGCCACCCGAGGAAGGUUAUAAAGAAGCAUGCGAUUUGCUCAGAAAGACAUACGGUCGACCAAUGCUUGUGGCUAGAAAAUAUUCGGAAAAGUUGACUAAAGGACCAUGGUUGAAACCUGGAGAUAACGAAGGUUUGUUACGUCUUUCUCAAACAUUAGAAGAAUGUUUAGUCACUUUGACUCAUUUGAAAUAUUUUGGGGAUUUGGAUAAUUUUGAUACUAUUUUUUCCAUCGUAUUACGACUUCCUCUCAAGUUGCAGAACAACUGGGAAGAAUCAGUGGCAGAAUUAGAUGGACAAGAUAGAGAAGUGAGAUUUAAAGAUCUUGUUCGAUUUAUGAAGAAAAAGGCUGCGGCUGCAAAUACGCCUUAUGGAAAAGCCUUGAGAGCUCGAAGAGAGCAAGAACAGCAAUAUCGUUUACGAUUUCAAUCAUCGAAUAGGCGAAAGAUUCACGCUCAUUCAACUGCUGUGAAUUCAGCUGUUGACAGCAGUGUUACCAGUGCAAAACAUAUUGAAAAGGGAAGAGAUGUCUGUCCUGACUGUUUAAAGACGUCACACAAACUUGUUGACUGUUACAAAUUCCUGCAGAAGUCACACGGUGACCGCUUGAAGAUUGUUAGAAAGGCAAGAUUGUGCGAUAAUUGUUUUGUAUAUGGUCAUAUGUCGAGAAAUUGUCGUAAACCACCUGCUUGUACUGUUGACGGGUGUAGGUUGAAACAUAAUACUUUAUUGCAUAGAAGAGAACAAGAGACAUGUACCCAGACAGAAAAUGCUGCUGGUAUAAAUGAGCAAAAAAUUGAAGCAUAUGCGACUUCAAAAAGCUCAGCAGGAUGUUUUUUGAAUAUUGUCCCUGUCAAGAUCUGCGCCAACAGGAUAGAAAUAGAAACAUAUGCAUUUCUAGAUGAAGGUUCUACUGCCUGCUUGUGUGAUAAGCGACUUCUUGAUCUAUUGAAGUUGAGGGGCAAGAAAACGCAGUUUUCGUUGACAACUGUGAAUGCGGUACCAACAUCACAAGAUGGUUAUGCGGUUGAUUUUACUGUAAAAUCACUUGAUGGUAGAGAAAGUGUUGAUUUAUCUCAUGUGCUAACUGUUGAUAGACUGCCUGUUAAAGCUAAUGAAGCACAAUUUGAUGUACAAAGUUAUGCACAUUUGAAGGGAUUGAAGAUUCGUACUCUGCCGUGUAAAGAUGUGAUGUUGAUGAUUGGGGUAAAUGUCCCUAAAGUGUUUUGGACAAUGGAUGAGAGACGAGGGAAACACAAUGAACCUUCGGCGAAGAAAUCCAUUUUAGGAUGGUCAUUGGUUGGACCAGCUUUAUCUCAGGAGAGAAACAGUGAUGUUCACAUUCAUUGCGUUCAAGUGCAAGAGGAAGACUUGCUGAGUCAGCAAAUCAAAUGUUUGUGGGAAAGUGAUUUUAAAGACGCUUCUCUGUCGCCUAUUCCAUCAAUGUCUAAGGAAGACAAAUACGCAUUGCAAUUGAUGGAAGAUUCAGUUGAGAUCGUGGACGGACAUUAA